AUGUACGCGAUUGGCAUCCUGCCGCUCAUCACUCAACUUCAAUGUGAAACCAAGCAAGUCUGGUAUGCUGAUGAUGCAACAGGUGCAGGGUGCAUUAGAGGUGUGAGGCAGUGGUGGAAUGACAUUGUCAAAGUCGGCCCCAAGUUCGGAUAUCACGCAAACGCUGUUAAAACUUGGUUGAUAGUAAAGCAGAACAAAUUGGAAGAUGCCCGCUCUGCAUUUGCUGAUACGGCAGUACAAAUCACAACAUCAGGUAAACGACAUCUAGGUGCUGCUUUAGGGCACCCUUCGUUUGUUCGUGAAUACGUUGACAGUAAAGUCAAUGAGUGGGUUCGUCAAGUGGAAAAACUAUCAACCAUUGCUGUAACUCAUCCUCAUGUCGCAUACUCAGCUUUUACUCAAGGUUUGGCCCAUCGCUGGUCCUAUCUCUUGAGAACUGUUCCAUCUAUAUCUGAAAUGCUCAAGCCGUUAGAAGAAGUCAUCCACCAACGAUUUUUGCCUAGACUGACUGGUCAACCAGUGUGCUGUGCAGACAUGAGAGACCUCUUGUCAUUACCUUGCAAUCUCGGUGGGUUGAACAUUUCUGAUCCGUCGAAGACUGCUGAAUCACUAUUUGCAGCUUCCGAGCACAUCACUGCGCCUUUGGCUGCUCUUAUUGUCGAACAAGAGAACGCCAUCACAGUGUCUCCAUUGGAAACAAAAAGAAGAAAAUCUGAGAUCAAGGCCAAGACACAAGCUUUCCACAAUGAGACCUUGGAGAAGUUGCAAACAAAUGCAUCACCGCAAAUAAAAGGGAGCUUGGAAGUCCUAUCCGAAAAGGGAGUAUCGAGCUGGCUUACCGUGCAGCCUAUUGAAGAGCAUGGUUUCCAUCUUGCCAAGAACGAUUUUCGUGAUGCUCUGUGCUUAAGAUAUGGCUGGCCUUUAUCAGAUUUGCCCUCGAAAUGUGAAUGCGGCCUCAGUUUUAACGUCGACCAUGUCAUGAUAUGCCAGAAAGGCGGCUUUCCCACGCUAAGGCACAACGAGAUCCGGAACAUCACAGCUGAUCUUCUAAGGGAGGUUUCUACAGAUGUUACAAUCGAACCUGUACUUCGUCCCUUGGAUGGAGAACAGUUUGCGCAUCGCACUGCCAUCACAGAUGAUAACGCUAGGGUCGACAUUUCUGCUAGAGGAGUGUGGAGGCAUGGAGAACGGGCAUUUUUUGAUGUGAGGGUUUUCUACCCAAACGCUGCUUCCAACCGCAAACACUCUUCACUCAAAUCCGCCUAUGUGAGUCACGAGAAUGAGAAGAAACGCGCUUACGGUGAGAGAAUUCGGGAAGUUGAGCAUGGGUCUUUCACUCCAUUAGUGUUUACGUCAUACGGAAGCACAGGCCCAGAGGCAACAACCUUCUAUAAGCGAGUGGCAAGUCUGCAUGCAGCCAAGUCAGGAGAGCAGUACAGUAGAAUUAUGCAAUUAAUUCGCUGUAGAUUGAGUUUUGCCCUACUUCGCUCGAGUAUACUGUGUAUCCGUGGAACAAGAUCCUCUACGUAUAGACCUAUCAAAGUGGACCUGCUGGGACUCAUUGAAAGCGAGGCCCACCUAGAUGAGUAG